ACUGGUAUCACCAAUAAUCACAAUUUCAGUGGAUGCACGACUCGAGGCACAGAACAGAGUAGUCAUGGUGAAUAUUACCUGGGGAAUAUUUGUGCUUUGAGGAACAGAAGAGAUAAAUGGAGUUAUAGUGUCGUGUUUGUCUGAGAAUCCACCUGCUGCUGCUCCGCCUCUCGCUGGGCUCUCUCCUCCUCUCUCGCUGGACUCUCUCCUCCUCUCUCGCUGGGCUCUCAGCUCCGGUCUCUGAAACACUUUCCCCGCUGGAUCAUCUUUAAACUCGAACCUGUGGCAGGACAUGUAGAGAAACAUUUUGUGCCGUUUUGACGCAAGUUUUUAUUUUCUAUCAUGAUUUCCGGCUCGCGCGGAUACAAGCUGCAGGUCUCUGGGCAGCAGUCUCUUACCACCAGCCAUAUAUCACUCAGCUUUGGAAAAACUGACUGAUGUGAUCUUCGGGAACUCUUUGUUGGUCAUCAUGGGAUGUGGCACCUCCGUUGCUACGGAGACUCAAGGGAAAAUAGUUGAGCCAGAUGACACAGCUAAGACUCCCUGCCCUGCUCUGACUAUGAAGGCAGCGGUUCUGAUCCAGCGAUGGUACCGGCGCUACAUGGCCCGUCUGGAGAUGAGGCGCAGGUACACGUGGAACAUCUUCCAGUCCAUUGAAUAUGCCGGGGAACAGGACCAGCUACAGCUCUCAAGUUUCUUCAGUUUCAUGCUCGACAACUUUACUCAGCUGAAUGAAAAUGGACCAGACUUGAUCUCUCAGCUGCUGGACCCGGUGGUGGACCCCUGGUUAGGCAGAGAGACGGGCUACAACCUGAUCCCUGUUCCAGAGUCAUACAGCGGACCCCGACUCUCGUUUCCUCUCUCCGUGUCUGAUACCAACUCUCUCCUGGGUGCAUUUAAAGAGCAGCAGACACUACAUGCCAGAUAUGUUCUGCAACUACUGUACGAGACCAAGAAGCUCCUCAAACAGAUGCCCAACAUCACCCACUUGUCGACAUCCUACACCAAUGAGAUCACUAUAUGUGGAGACCUACACGGCCGGCUUGAUGACUUACUCCUCAUAUUUUACAAGAAUGGCCUUCCCUCUGCGGAGACGCCAUAUGUGUUCAAUGGGGACUUUGUGGACCGUGGGAAAAAGUCAGUCGAAGUGGUAAUCCUUCUGUUAGCCUACCUGCUGCUCUACCCCGACUACAUGCACCUGAACCGAGGAAACCAUGAAGACCACAUAAUGAACCUAAGAUAUGGAUUCACAAGAGAAGUCAUGCAGAAAUAUAAGACUCAUGGCAGGGAGAUCCUCCAGCUGUUUCAGGACGUUUUCAGCCUCCUGCCCGUCGCCACUGUCAUUGAUGGAAAGAUCCUGAUUGUUCACGGAGGAAUAUCAGACCAGACAGACCUGGACUUCCUCAGCUCCAUAGAGAGGCACAAGGUAAAAUCCGCCCUAAGGUUUCCUAGACGUAGUUUGGAGCAGCUGGACAUUGAUCAGUCCCAAAGGCAGAUGAAGAGAGGGAGAUCAACGGCCAGCUCCCGUCCCAGCAGCAGUUGCAGCCACAGCAAAAACCAAAGAACUCCCAACCAGAGAAAAAGGCGAUGUGGGCAACGCCGACAGGACAGCACUGUCUCCACCUCCUCCUCCUCAUCAUCGUCCUCGUCCUCCUCUUCACUCUGUUCUCCUCGAACGCCAUCCGCCCUCUCGCCUCGUCCUUGCCCUUCUUCUCCCAGCAUGCCCUGCAAUGUCAAUGUCCUCCAAGUGCCUUUCCUGGACUCCCUGUCCUCUGUCGCCCCUCCUUUACCUCUGCAACAUGAUCUGGAAUGGAAACAGAUAGUGGAUAUUUUGUGGAGUGACCCUAAAACUCAAGAAGGCUGCAGUCCCAACAUAUUCAGAGGAGGAGGCUGCUACUUUGGUCCGGACGUCACCCAGAGACUGCUGACCCGACACGGACUCCAGCUGCUCAUCCGAUCCCACGAGUGCAAACAGGAAGGAUAUGAGCUCUGUCAUGGUGGAAAGGUCAUCACCAUCUUCUCAGCGUCAAACUACUAUGAGGAGGGGAGCAACCGUGGUGCCUACAUCAAAGUGGGCCGAGAACUGGUUCCCCGCUUCUACCAGUACCAAGUCAGCCGCACAACACGCAAACUCACCCUCACACAGAGAGUACGAGUUGCUGAAGGCUCCGCUCUCAAGGCCCUGAAGGAGAAGCUGUUCUCUCACCGCUCUGAGCUGCUGUCAGGCCUGCAGCAGUACGACCACAAAAACACCGGUAAUGUAUCAGUCAGUGAUUGGGCUCAGGUGUUGGAGUCUGUCCUGAGGCUGGACCUGCCCUGGAGGACACUUCGUCCUCACUUAGCCCGUCUGGCACCAGAUGGCAGUGUGGAGUACAAAUCCUGCUUUGAGGACAUGGAAUCAGGGAUUCCUCUGCCUCAGGUGACACCAAACAUGGCUGAGACCCUUUUCAGAUACAGGACAGACAUUGAGAUAAUAUUCAACAUUAUAGACAAAGACCAUUCAGGUCUGAUCUCCAUCGAGGAGUUUCGUCACACCUGGCGUCUCUUCAGCGCACACCUGGGGGUCGACAUCGACGACAGAGCCAUCGAUGACCUCGCCCGAAGUAUCGACUUCAACAAAGACGGCAGUAUAGACUUCACUGAGUUCUUAGAGGCCUUCAGAGUGGUACACAAAUUGGAAAAUAAGGAUCAGCAACUCAACGAAAAAAUGGAUGGAGACAAGUAUUCAUGAAGGAGGGAAUCUGAAUAAUACACUGGAAGUCUUGCAUGGAACAGCAGGAGGGAAGGAGGGGGUGUGGCAAAUAUUGAAUUAUUAAGUAUUUAUUCAGUUGUUGAAUGAAAAAUACACAAUUUGAAAACUAGAAUGGCUGUUAUUUGGUGAUGUACCUUACCGUUAUUGGUGCAUUCUGUCAGUCGUAGGAGUCGUUGUUUAGGAUCCUUCCAUCCACCUUUUUGAUUUAAAAUUGAAAUAUUUCAACCAUAAUUUGAAGGAUUUCCUUGAAUGUUUGCGAAGACAUAUAUGUUUCCCAGACGAUAUGUUUCUAAGACUUCCUCUGACAUUCAUCUUGCAGCAGGCAAACGUUUUCAGAACAUUCAUUCAUAGUUUUACAACAAUGAUGCUUAAUUACUAAUGGGGAUUUAUCCUCUUUUAAUCUAGUGCCACCAGCUGACUUGUUGUAUUGUUUUGACAUGUAAUAGCUGGACAAACUUUAGAUGGAUGGAAAUGUAACAGUAUUUAGAAUGAUUAUGGUAUUCUGAUCUUCACUUAUAUAACACUUUCAUCCAAAGAAGAUUUACAAUUAGCUUUUUAAGUAUAGUUUAAUUUAGUACAGCUCUGACAGCCUUUGCAGAGUUGUGAGAAACAGGUGUUCAGCAGGAGUACCAGUGUGCUGCCACGCUCUGUAGUAUUACAUGUAUUGAUGCCUGACGGCUUCAACAGUAUGAACAAUAGAGACAAUCCCGCUAUAUGGUGUCGGGAAGUGCAUGUUCAGUUGUUAACCAAGAGAGAAUAAAAUACUUUUUUGAACUAA